AUGUCAAUAUUGAUAGUCUUUGACAUCGAUUUUGACAGUGAAUGUUCUAUUCUACGUUUGGAGUAUUUCAAAAAUACUCUGAAACAGUUAUUUCUAGACGAUGAAUUUAAUAAAGAAUAUUCUGAGUGUUUAAUUUCUGUGUAUUUCGUAUUGGAUGAAAAGAAGAAAAAGUUAGUUUUUACUAGCCCUAGAUUUAAGGAAGUGAGUUGGCACCCGGUUGGUAGCUAUUCUUCAAUGGAAUCACUUUUGAUUAUUGAUAGGCUAAUAGAGCAAAUAACAAGUAAUUGUAUAGAGCUUAAGGUAGAGCAGGACUCCGUACUAAUUAAAUCACAUUUAGAUAAUAGCGCUUCUCGCGAAGAACUGAGGCCAAUUUCUGAUUGCUUUGUUGAUUUCCUCAAAGAAGGGGUUAUGAUUGAAAGAAAUAAUAUGCAGAAAGAGAUUGAUAACAGCAUUGGUAUCCUUGGGUCAAAUUGUAUAAAUUGGACAGAAGAACAUCAAAAUAUUGGAAAAGAAAGACAAUUGCUCGUGAUUUGGCUCAUGGAUUCUUCAGUUUGCUUUAAAAGACUGGAUAAUGGUGGAUUUCCAAGGUUUCAAGAAAUGAGUGAAAGUAGUUUUACUCCUAACGUGGAAGUUAAAUAUUCUCUUUUAAAUUAUGGAGAAAGCUAUUCAAAUGAGCACAAGUUCUCCAAAAACUGUUUUCUGGAAGCUCAAGUUGAAGCAGUUUCACUUCUUCCUUUGAGUUCAGCUGACAAAAUACUCAAAAAUUUUAUAUUUGACAAAAUAAACAACUUUUAUUACUCGGAGAAGUAUAUAAGUAUUUUUUCCCCCGACUCACCUUUAUCAGAUUUAGAAUACUUUAAUGAUUUGUCUGUAAUUGGAUUUUACUUAUACCCUAGUCUAACCAGAUUUCCACUUUUUAUUCAAGAUACUCUUCAGGUACUUAGCUUACCAUAUUCUUCCACUUUUAUUGGAAUAAUUUCAAUCACGAAGUAUCAGCCACUCCCAGUGAUUACAAGAAGGCUUAUUGAGCUUAAGAACUCUUCAGAAGGGAAAGAAAUGGCAAUGCAGGCACUUAUACUCGCUCUACACAAAGAAAAGUUCGCAAUGGCUCUCGAGCUUAACCCUAAUUGGUUUGCCCUAUUGAUCUCAAUAAUAAUCGGGAGUAGUAUCCAUCUUGCAAUGGAUAUUCUUCCACCUGGUUACAUUAUAACAGCAUAG